GUGUUUUCGAAAACUUUUUAAAAUCUUCAAUUCGGAGUUGUUUACAACAUGGAUGGAGCCAAUGACAGACCAGAGGAUAUGUCAGCAGAUAGUGACAUCAAUACUGGUUACCCUUUGUUAAAUACAGAUUCAGGGAUCACAAUUGAUACUCCGGAUUAUGCCCAAAUAAGGCAAGAUCGGAUGGACCGCAAUCGCGAGACAAUGAAGGCUUUGAACCUGAUGAUAGCAAAGGAUAUCAUCCCACAGGACAGAGCUUGCAGCGGGCUUCACAACAAUACUAAUAAUGACACACGGACAAGAGAGGACAGGGCCGCUACUUGUAUUCAGAGACACUACAGGGGCCACCUGGGUCGCCAGCAAUACAUCAACAAACUUUAUGAAAAAUUUGAAAAGGAGGAAGCUUUGCGGCAUAUGAAAAUGUUAGAUCAGCUGGAAGAAGGAGAACUGCUUGUUGAAAGCCACCGACUUGAGGUACAGAUCGAAGAUGACAUCACACUACGAAAAAAUAAAGCCAGAAAAAGAGAGGCAGAUAUCAUAACUAUACAGCGUGCAUGGAGGCAUUAUCGAGAACGACAACAGGCUCGAGGUGAAGAAUCUGAAAGUGAGGCCUCGGUAUCUGACAUUGAAAUCACAGAAAUUCAAGAUGACCACCAGAUGUCAGUGUCCUCUCCCGAAGAUAAUCCAACUGAUACAAAAUCUGACUUUAAUAAUCAGCCAAUCAAAACACUCCGUGACAUUGAGUGCGAAUCUGUAUUGUCAGAUUAUUCCGAAAUGGGUUACCCAUUGAAAGAAGUUUUGGCACAAAAUGGCGGAACUUAUAUGCGCUCCAGUCGUGAAUCCUCCACUGAAAAAGAGGCUGGUAAAAAAUUGGAUGCUUCUGUGUUAACCCGAGCCCCUGAUGAAACUGAGGAUGAAUUUACAAGACGAUUACGUAAAAUGAAUUAUUUAAGUUUAGCACAAGAAUUUGCAGAACUAAAGAAAACAGACGAGAAUGCUUUACCAUUUGGUUUGCGCCAGAACGCACAAGAUGCAAAUACUCCUACGAGUGAAAGCUCAAUGGACGAAUCAAAUUCAGGCUCAAUAACGGCCACAUGUACACCUAGUGAACCAAACAAAGACUUUCCUGAAAAAAUUGCAAAUAAUACUAAUAACCAACCAAAGAUAGCCUGGGGAGAAACGAGCGCAAAUCCAAACCAAAAACGAAAUCCAUUUGACGAACCAACCAAAGAACAACCAAUCAAAACCCUGCAGGCAAAUCCUGCAUUUUUUGAAAGACAUGACAAAGACACGCAAGUAAUACAGGAUAAUACACUACAGAUGAAUCCAGCUUUUUUCGAAACUUUGAAUCAAAAAACCG